AUGCUGCGUGGUACUGGCAGGAAGACAAUCUGGGGGCUGGCUGUGUUCCAGGAGCCCACCACGGAGCGAACACACAGCGUCGACCCCCGGGACGCCUGGAUGCUGUUUGUCAGGCAGAGUGACAAGGGCGCCAACGGCAGGAGGAGGAGCAGGGACAAGGACAGGGGACUGAAGCUCGGCCUGCCUGGGCCCCCUGGGCCCCCAGGACCCCCAGGACCUCCCGGUGCCAUGAUUGCACCCGAAGUGCUGCUGAAGGAGUUCUGCCAGCUGUUGAAAGCCUCCAUUAGCACCUUCAGAUGUCCCGAUUCCCAUCAGAGCCAUCCGGGUCCCUUGUCUGGUUCUGGCCUCACCUUUCCUGGUGCUGACAACAUGCCUUUGGCCCUCUCCUUGGAGACCGUCAUGGGCCUGGAGAGCAGCAGCGAGCUCUUCACUGUCUCUGUGAGCGGUGUCCUGUACCUGCAGAUGGGUCAGCACAUCUCGGUCUUCUUGGACAACGCCAGCAACUCCUCCCUCACGGUGCGCAGCAGCUCCCACUUUAGUGGGGUCCUCCUGGGCGUGUGAGCGGCCACCCCAGGCUCGCCUUCAUCUCGCAGAUGGAGCAGACCCAGAAGCCUACCCAGCCUUGGGCCAAUGCAGGGGGAAUCUGCCCGGAACUUGGCCCAGAACUGGCCACGACAGGCCAGGUGGCCCUGCAGAGGUGACGCACAGCCAGCGGUCCCAGAACUAGUGACUUCAGGAUGCCAUUUGAGCCGAGCCGCCAGUGUGCCUGGAAAUGCCCAGCGUGCCUGGCCGCACCCGCUUCUCCCCAGCUGCACACCUAGUUUCCUCAAGCCUCAGAUUCUUUCCUUGGCCUGGCGCAACCUUUUCCAGAUUUCUUUUAGCAGGGGGUCCUGGCAGGAUCCUGCCCUGCAAGGGGAGUGGCCCUUGCUCAGAGGGGGUCCAGACCAUCUUCCCAACCAGCAGUGACCACUCACUGUCCACCCAGGCAGCUGCUCUUCUAUCUCUCUCUCAGCUAUGCCUCUCCUUGCUGGUGGACAUACAAGACAUACUGUGGACCCUGGCACAGCAGGACACACUUUGCAGGAGGCAGUGCA